AAUGCGAUUCGAUUCGAUCCGGCCGGAGAUAGUGCAGAUGAGAUAACCCGCCCGAAGGUCGCUUUAUUACGGUUGGCAUAUUUAUAGUUGCGGACUGUGGCUAUUGAGUCGUAGACGUCUAUAGUUUGACGUGAUUAAGCUGACGCAGAAUCUGCAGGCAAUAGCUUCGUGAUGCAAGCAAAUUGAUUAGAAAACGAAAUCCGUUAUUAACGGUCGACUAUCUGGGCUGCCAGACCGGUAAAUUUCCUAUGCCGAUAAUUGAAGAUCGAUAUUAGGCUGUUGCCAGCUCUAACACACAAUGUGACCGUAUACCUCCGGAUUUGUUUAUUGUUUGCUUGGAGAAAUUAUGGAUCCUUCAAUUAUUGAAUUUAUUGGGGAAAAGUGCAUGAUCAGUAUUAUACCAAACUUUUCCAACGAACCCUUGCAUUUAAUAUAUGGGUCUGUCGGUCCAUUUAGGGCUGGUUUUCCCGUCUUUGUGCCCCUGUGGAUGGCCACUCAUCUGCGCAAGCAACAAAAGUGCCGGAUUGUGCCGCCAGAAUGGAUGGACAUGGAUAUAUUGGAGGAAAUCAAGGAGGAGGAAAAACGAUCAAAAUUCUUCACGAAAAUGCCUUGCGAGCAUUACAUGGUCGUGGCCCAGUUGGUCAUGAGCACGGCUCCGGAUGAUGUUCCCCGAUGCGAGGAACUGCGCACAGUCAUCAAGGACAUCUUCGACAUACGCGAGUCUAAGCUUCGCACCUCGAUUGACGCCUUUAUUAAAGGAGAGGGCACCUAUGCAAAGCUGGAUAACCUUACUCUUCUUGAGAUCCACAGCGUACGACCUAUCCUGCCUUAUUCUCUAGAUCACAUAGCUCGUUAUCAACGCACGGCCACUGCUUCACAGAGGGACACUUCAAUGCUUAGUACUUCCAUGGCGGGAUCAAGUUCGGGUCCCAAUAGUAACUCUCUGUUUUCCCAGUGAUUUUAAUACCCAAAUAUUGUAGAGCUGGUUUAAGAUAAAUAGAGAUAGUUAUACGUAAAUUCCUGAAGUCUAUCAUAUUCAGACAAGAAACCUUUAAAAACUGCAUCUAUGUAUCUAAGACUAUAGAAAUUCAACUAUUAAAGUAAGCAUACAAAAAACA